ACAGGAAUGAUGGCAUCGGAUGAAGUUUGAAGGGCUUCACUAAGUUGGGGAAUUAGCUGCCACCUCCAAAAUGCCGUCCAAGCCUGCCCCGAUCAAGAAGGCGGCUGGUAAAACACCCGCCAAGAAGGAGGAGAAGGCUCACGAGAAGGCUCACGAGAAGGCUCCAGAGAAGGCUCCAGAGCCGGCCCCGGCCCCGGAGCCGGAGCCAGCACCAGCUCCAGCCCCAGCAGAGGCCCCUCACGCCGAAGGCGAGCACGCAGAGGGAGAAGCCCACGCCGGAGACGCGCCUGCACACGCCGAAGGUGAAGCUGGUGAAGGUGGUGAAGCUGGUGAAGCACCUGCACCUCCACCAGAAGAGCCCAAACCACCCACUCCUCCUCCUCCCCCUCCCCCCAAAGAGCCCACCAGUGCUCCUGUGGACCUGUUCAUUGAGGACAAAAAUGACACUUCAGUUACCAUCAUCUGGAGCGAGCCUGAGCACAUCGGGGACUCUGGUCUGGAUGGAUACGUCAUUGAGGUGUGCAAGGACGGAACUGACGACUGGAAAGCAUGCAACGAGGAGCCGCAGAAGUCCUGCCGCUACAUCAUCAAGAACCAGACCACCGGCGACCGCCUGAAGAUCCGCGUGGUGGCUGUGAACGAAGGAGGUCGCAGCCCCCCGCUCGCCCUCCAGGAGGCCGUCCUGGUAAAGGAGGUUGCUGACCGUCCCCAUAUCCGCUUGCCUCGUGCCCUCAGGCAGAGGCAUGUUGCUCACGUUGGAGACAAGAUCAACCUGACCAUCCCCUUCACAGGCAAACCCAAACCUGUUGUGACAUGGACAAAGGGUGGUGAGCCCCUGGACACGAAGAGGGUGAACAUCCGCAGCACCGACAGAGACAGCAUCCUGUUCAUCCGUCAAUCCGAGAGAGAUGACUCCGGCGUGUACGAGAUGUGCGUGAAGGUGGACGACUUUGAGGACAAGUCCAGUAUCACUCUUCAAAUUGUCGAGCAGCCAGGGCCUCCCGCCAGUUUGAAGAUUGUGGAUACCUGGGGUUUCAACGUCGCUCUGGAGUGGACUGCACCCAAGGACAACGGAAACACUGAGAUCACAGGUUACACGAUCCAGAAAGCUGACAAAAAGACUGGGGAGUGGUUCAAUGUGCUGGAGCAUUAUCACAGGCUGAACGCCACCAUCUCCGACCUCAUCAUGGGCAACACCUACAAGUUCAGAGUGAUUGCUGAGAACAAGGUCGGAAUGAGCGAGUGUGCAACUAUGGCGAAGGAAGAGGCCAAGAUCUUGAAGACAGGUAUCGACUACAAGCCUCCUGAAUACAAGGAGCAUGACUUCAACGAGGCUCCCAAGUUCACCACGCUUCUGCCGGACAGGCACACCACCGUCGGCUACAGCACCAGGCUGCUCUGCUCCGUCAGGGGAUUCCCUAGGCCCAAAGUCCAGUGGAUGAAAAACCAGAUGAUUAUUGGAGAUGACCCCAAGUUCAGGCAGAUCUGCGUCCAGGGCAUCUGCUCUCUCGAGAUCCGAAAGCCCUGCAGCUUUGACGGCGGCACGUACACCUGCAAAGCCAUGAACGAUCACGGUGAAGACGUUGUCAGCUGCAAGGUGGAGGUCAAACAGCCGGUGGUUGCCGACGCUGAAAAGAAAUAAGUGGAGAUCUUCACCGUCAAAAAGGAAGGUGCUGGAUUCCUGGGAAAAUGUGUAUUUUUGGCUGGUGACCAGACUUCCAACGGGUUGUGGCCUGUGACUCGGUUAAGAUGAACAAUUCUUGUCAAAGCUUCUUGGCUGAAACUAAACUUUCAAGUCCAUAUCCAUGUCCACAAUUUUGCUUCUUCCAAUCAGUUUUUCCCAACAAAACUGUCAGUGACGGCUAGUUAUCGCAUUAUCUAUUUUAUCAUCUUGUCCGUCUCAAUGAUCUGUUCCUCAUAGGACAUGUAACAGCUACGUGUUUAUAAUAAUAAACUAUUUAAUUUCUG